UUAGGUGGUUGAGCACAAAAAAAAACAAGAUUUUGAGCAUCGAAACAAACAAAAGCCAUGUCUGAUUACUUCCCUCAAGAAGUUCUAGCCGAUAUUCUUCUACGAUUACCCACCAAAACCAUUGGCCUUUGCUCGUGCGUCUGCAAAUCAUGGCACUCUGCGAUCACGAACCCUACCUUCGUCCACAACCAUUUCACCCAAACCCAGAACGACAACGAUCGUCGUCGUCUGUUCCUCCUCAGGCAUUUUCCAGAGACCCACAACAGAGAGCGCUACUCUCUUCAUUCCGACAACUACGCAUUCGAUAAAGUUCAAGACUUGGACUUCCCACUCCAGAGCUUCAAUCGCCAUUUUCGCAUUGUUGGUUCCUGCAAUGGCGUACUCUGCUUAUCUGAUGAUACCACAGUGAUUACUGCAAAUUUCGUUUUGUGGAAUCCAUCAAUACGUAAGUACAUCUCCCUCCCGCGUCCCCUUGUCUCCUGUAGCUCUCACGGGCUUUUCACAUUUGCUCUUGGUUUCGGCUUCGAUUCUCUUUCGUGUGAUUACAAGGUCGUGAUGCUUGCAUAUCUCAAAACAAAAUAUGGGUUUUACUCUUCUCGUCGACCUACUGUGAAUGUGUAUUCUCUCAAUACCAAUUCUUGGAGAGACGUCAGUGCUACUGCUCUUUCGUAUAGAGUGGUUGAGUUUCUCUGGACCCAGGUUUUCAUGAAUGGGGCUGUUCAUUGGAUCGCGUCCACUCAUGAUAUUGGACUUAAACUUGAACGGUUCAAUAAAAGCCCUUUCGGCAAUUUGAUUUUGAGGUUUGAUCUUGCACAUGAGGUGUUUGAUAAAAUGUCUCUUCCAGAGAGUUUGGUAUCCAGCACUCAGUAUGAACUGUCCAUUACCGUCCUUGGUGAACGACUCUCGGUUGUGCAGUUCCAUAGGCGUAGCUACCAUGCCUGUUCCAUAUGGAUGAUGGAGGAGUAUGGUGUGGCAGAGUCUUGGACUAAAUGGUUGGAAAUUGGUUUGAUGUAUGAAAUCCCUGAUCGACGACGGUUAGUCACGAGCCAAAAUCUGGGAAAAGUUUUGGGUUUGCGGGAAAAUGGUCAAUUAGUAUUGGAAAUGAAUGAUGGGCGAGUGCUUUUUUAUCAUCCAGUGACACAAAUGGUCAAAAAUGUUGGAAUUCAUGGCUUAGAAGACUCUUUUUAUUUUGACAGUUUUGUAGAGAGCCUAGUGUUGCUUGGCAAAGGCGCUGAGAAUUUGAAGAGAGAGUGCAUUCAAUCAAAUAAGAGAAGGAGAUGUUGUUAGAAAGUGCCAACCUUGUCUUUAUUCAAUUCCUGAUAUGCUUGUGCCAUGUAGGGUUGUAACUGGAGUGGAGGUGCAAAAUCAUGAUGCAGGGCAACCUCUUAGUAAUGUAUAUGGGGAUAAGAUUCAGAAACAAUGGGGGAAUACCUUUGCUUUUCUAGAGACAUGGCUCAUGGAUGGCUUGGUUCAGCCCAGGAUUGCAUAGUUGUAAGAUGAAGUUGCCUAUGGUUUCAAGUAAUUAGGCUUUCUGUAGUAAUGGCCAAUUGGGAUUUGGGUGUUCUGUAUGCUGUAUACAACUUAUUUUGAUUCUAGCAGAAGUGAACUUGCUCAACGUUUAUGUUAUGAUGAUGAAUAUAUAUAUAUAUCCCGAGUCAAUUAGUUGGA